AUGGGGUGCCACGCCAGCAAGGGCACCGAGGUGGUAUAUGAGUCCCAGAAGCUGGGAGAACAGCCCAAGGGAGAAGAGCCACAUCUGGAGACUGUCACGGAGGCAGCAGAUGGCAAAGACAUCUCAUUGGAGGAUGGAACCCCGGAGCCCAAGAGCCGAGAUGAUUUUCUCUAG